AUGGAAAAUGGAACUUUCUCAUCUCAUUUAUACCUGUCCGUGUUCCAGGACUACCUUUACCUGAACUAUAUUUUCUUUGUCUUAACAGCCACACUGUAUUUUGUAAUAAUGUUUUUCAAUGUCAUUAUCAUUGUAGUUAUAAUCAGAAACAGAGCACUGCACCAGCCCAUGUAUAUCUUUAUUUCUUGCCUGUCAGUGAAUUCCCUGUUUGGCACUUUGGGAUUCUAUCCAAGGUUCUUCAUUGAUCUACUUUCUGUCUUUCACACAAUAUCUCAUCCUGCGUGUUUGAUUCAAAUUUUUGUCAUUUACACCUACGCUAUGUGUGAAUUCACCAUUUUAACUGUAAUGGCGUAUGAUAGGCAUGUUGCAAUCUGUGAGCCCUUGAAAUACAGCAGUAUAAUGACUCUAAAAGCCACUGGUACACUGGUGGCGAUUGCCACCAUAUACCCCAUAAUUUGUAUGUGUGUAAUUGUCUCAAUUACCGCCAGAUUACCAUUGUGCGGCAAUGAAAUAGCAAGAGUGUACUGUGCAAACUGGUCUGUCGUUAGGCUAUCAUGCAUAGUCACAACAGUUAACAACAUUGUAGGCUUUUUCGUCACUGUAACUACAGUUUUUAUACCCUUGGGCUUUGUAUUGUACUCAUACAUAAACAUUUUGGCUGUUUGUUAUAAAAGCUCCAAGGAAUUCAGGAAAAAAGCACUGCAAACUUGUCUCCCUCACAUAGUGACUUUUGUCAAUUACUCAAUAACUAUGUUUUGUGAGAUCAUGAUAAGUCGAUUUGAACUUGGGAAUGACCUGCAGAUUUUGGCGAUCAUUCUAUCAUUAGAAUUUCUUAUAAUUCCCCCGGUUUUAAAUCCCCUCAUUUAUGGUCUAAACUUACCAGACAUACGAAAGAGAAUUAUUCAUUUAUUUCAAAAGAAAGACACUAUACUGGCUUAA